AUGAUUGUAGUUGAAGAGGAACUAGAUUCAGGGUUAUCCAAUUUCAGAUUAUUCACAGGAUAUUUUUGUCUACUAUGGUAUUUUUGUAUAUUAGUUGCAGCAUAUAGUGGAUUCUUUGAAAUUUUGUUUAAUUUUAGAACUCGUCCUAUAUUGUAUAAACAUAAAGAUGUGGACAAUCAACAGCAACAAGAAGAAAUCGAUGAAGAAAAUGAAUUUUAUGAAGGUGUUACUAUUUUAAGACCAAUUAAAGGUAUAGAUCCUGAAUUAUAUUCAUGUUUAGAAUCUUCAUUUCUUCAGAACUACCCAUUGGAUAAAUUACAAAUUUUAUUUUGUAUAGAUGAUGAAUCUGAUCCCUCGAUUUCUAUAAUUAAAAAACUUCUUUCCAAAUAUCCACAUAUUGAUGCAAACAUUUUAAUUAGUGAGAAUUAUAAUCUGAUUAAUAAAUUUAGUGAUGAUCAUUAUGGACCAAAUCCGAAAGUAAAUAAUUUAUCAAAAGGAUUUCUUGCAGCUAAAUAUGAUAUUUUAUGGAUUAUGGAUAGUAAUGUUUGGGCAAGUUCUAAUAUUUUGAAAAAUUCCGUCAUAACAUUGAAUAAAAAUUUGAAUAUGAAUAGAAAAAUGGGUAAUUAUCGUCCAGUUAAACUUGUUCAUCAUGUACCAUUAGCAGUUAGUAUUGGUAAUUUAAAUCAUAACAAUGAUAUUGUUGAUUUAGAGAAUAUGGAAUUAACUCCUACUUAUUCAAGUAGUGAUGAAUCUAAAUGUGAAUCCGAAUCAUCAGGAUUAACCAAUAGAAAAACCCCAUCACCUAGAAGAGUUAGCAUUCAUGAAUCUAAUGAUGAUUCUAAAUUAUUCAAGAAAUUAGGUGCAAAUUUAGAUGAAAUGUUUUUACAUACUUCUCAUGCUAAAUUUUAUGUCCUGUUGAAUAAUUUAGCUAUUGCUCCUUGUGUUAAUGGGAAGUCAAAUAUGUAUCGUCGUUCAGAUUUAGAUCAAUCAGUUAAAUUGAUCCCUUAUAAAAAUUCACAAUUUUUCAAAGAUACAAAAGUUAAACAAGAUGCUGGAUAUUAUACUUCAUUAGGUAUAGGACAUGCUAUUAAAUUUUUUGCCAGAUAUAUUGGAGAAGAUAAUAUGAUUGGUAUUGCUCUUUGGGAAAAUUGUCAAGGUAGAACCGGAUUAACUGGAGAUGUGGUUGUACAACCAUUAAUUUCUACUCAAAACAAUUCCGUUAAUGAUUAUAUUCAAAGAAGAGUUAGAUGGUUAAGAGUUAGGAAAUAUAUGGUUUUAUUGGCAACUUUAAUUGAACCAACUACUGAAUCAUUGAUUUGUGGAUUAUAUGGAACUUAUGCUAUAUCCACUGUGUUCUUCAAUGGGGCAUGGUUUAACAAAUCUUGGUUUUUAUUUCAUAUGUUAAUUUGGAUUAUCACAGAUUAUGUUCAAUAUUAUACUUUGAUUAACCAUAGUUUGGAUAAUAGCAAUAUCAACUAUAUUCCAACAUGGUUAAAAGGAAUUCCAUCCAAGAAUUAUAAUUUUUUCAAAUGGUUUUAUAUUUGGUUAAUUAGAGAAUUUUUAGCAUUACCAAUCUGGAUAAUUGCCAUGAUUGGACAUGAAAUUGAUUGGAGAGGAAAACCAUUUGUAAUUAAAAAAGAUUUAACAGCUGAAGAAUUGUAA